AUGCCGGUUUCUAUCGUGACAUUAGUAGGAGGCCUGCAGGAAUGUUCUCUUGCAGCACGAGUGCCAGGAACAGCAGAAACGCCAGAACAGACGUAUUCUGCAGCAGCUCAGUGGAAACAUGAAGAAAUUGGACUUGCUUCUUUGGGCGCCCCUGAUGAGUUCAUAGAGAAGCUGGCUACAGUCUACUGGUUCACUGUGGAAUUUGGUUUGUGCAAGGAAGGAAAUGAAGUAAAGGCUUACGGUGCUGGUCUGCUCUCAUCUUUUGGCGAACUGCAGUACUGUUUGACGGACAAGCCCAAACUUCUGCCCUUCGAGCCAGAGAAGACCUGCCAGCAGAAGUAUCCUAUUACAGAGUUUCAGCCAGUUUACUUUGUGGCUGAAAGUUUCGAGGACGCCAAAGAAAAAGUCAGGAAAUUUGCUUCCAUCAUUCCAAGACCUUUCUCUGUACGCUACAAUGCCUACACACAGAGAAUUGAGGUGCUGGAUAACACACAGCAGCUGAAGAACCUGGCUGACAACAUCAGCGGUGAGAUGUCAGUCCUGUGCACUGCCCUGCGAAAGAUGGAGUGAAACGAUGUUGUAGGACUUUCAAGAGAAAAGAAGAAAUGCAAUCUAGAAAAUCAAUGAUGCUUCAUAACCAUCAUCUAUAUUGCUUUUUAGUCUCAUAUACAACAUUUUCUAAUCAAGCUGUGAUAGAGAGAGCAUGAUAUUAAAUAUUAAAUUAGUCCUUAUUACUUGUAGAACAUAUUUAGCGAUACAUUUUGCUAGUCCAAAUAUAUUUAGUCAGUGCGUAAAUUGAAUGCGUAAAUUUUAAAUUUUAAAUUGCAUAUAGCGAAAUAACAUAAAUACCUAUGCAAAACAAACCGUAUGUAAAUACCAAAAAGCUUCAGUAUUAUCAGGCACGCUGCUGCAAUAUUUGUUAUUUUAUAUAUUAUAUAUUGUAUUUUUCUUGGUAGUUUAAUCGUACAAAAAAAAAAAGGUUGCCUACCGUCCACCAUUUGCUUCAGCCGAUGCUGCUUGCUGUCGCACCAUGUUGCUGUUAAGUUUCCCAACCAACCCGCAAUCAUCGCGGGAUCAACGGCUCGUUGAAACCUUGUGUCGAGCGAUUUGUGGGACGAAUUAUUUUCAUUAUUGAAUUGCUCAAUGCGCUCAUAUGCAAACUAAAGCUUAGAGAUUAAAAUAUUUACACGUAAACGAAAGAUAGUUACAAGCUUCGCUUCACUGUGAAAGCAAUUCAGAAAACUGCAUAUAUCAUUCAUCUGUGGCUUGUACUGAAGACUGAGAUGUUAUGCAUGCAUUGUCACAUAUACUUCAAAAAAUAAAGAUAUUAUUAUUAAAACUUU